GUUUACCGCUCACGCUGUGGAAUCUAUGAGGAGUCGGAAGUUUAGUCAGGCAUUGCCAUAUUAAUUCGACACAGAAAAGCUCCAUUCACACCGCAACCGCUCGAAAUCAUCACAUCGGUUGGAUCGACUGAAUGAAACCAUGAGGAAUAAAAAACACGAGGAUUGUUGCGAAAGUAACUAACGUGACUAUCUAUCCGAGCUUUUGAAGACGCCGAGUCAGGUAUUUUGGCGCAGACUUUCAACCGUCGAUUUGUUUUGCAGGUGUACCUGUGCUUACGUGGCACUUAUUUUUCUUUAUCUGGAGACCAAUUUAAAAUUGUCGUUUUUUUUUAGGUAUUUUAUCCACAUUUUGUUUUAUUGUGGCAAUGCGAUGUAUUUUCAGUGGUUUAGUAAGUUGCGUGGCUGGUACUAGUUUACUUGCAUCGGGCAGCCAAUCAGCGCGCGCUAACAGCUCGAAAUCGUAGUAACACUCACUAUUUCUGCUUUAAUUCAUCCUCUUUUGAUUUAUUCGCACGAUAACCUACAAAACAGCCUCGUACCGCACCAUUUAGAUAUUGACAGCCGGUUUCCAGGCGAGGUUUCAUAAGGAGGAGAAGUGUCAAGGCUGCGUGUGUGUUUUUUGGUUGGUAAAAUGGAUGCGGGAAUGGAGAAGGAGUGCAGCGCUUUGGGAGGGCUCUUCCAAAUCAUCAUGAACGAUAUGAAGGCGAGUUAUCCUGCCUGGGAGGACUUUGUCACCAAAGGCGCUAAGCUGCAAUCACAGCUGAGGACGACAAUCAUCGUAACUAGCUCAUUCCUGGAUGCUUUCCAGAAAGUCGCUGACAUCGCAACUGGAACGCGAGGAGCAACGAAAGAGAUUGGAUCUGCCUUGACCAGGAUGUGUAUGAGACACAGAAGCAUUGAGAACAAACUCAAACUGUUUACCUCGGCUCUCAUGGAUAACUUGAUCACUCCUCUGGAACUGAAAAUAGAAGAAUGGAAAAAGGUUGCCAGUCAGCUGGAUAAAGAUCAUGCCAAAGAAUUCAAAAAAGCACGCUCUGAGAUCAAGAAGAAAUCUUCAGACACAAUUAAACUGCAAAAGAAAGUUAAAAAAGGUAAAGACGAGGUCCGGAUGCAGUUGGACAGCGCUCUUCAGGACGUCAACACGCGCUAUGCCGUGUUAGAGGAAACAGAGAAGAGAGCUGUGUGUCGAGCACUUAUAGAGGAAAGAGGACGAUUCUGUUCUUUCGUCACAAUGCUCAAACCUGUCCUGGAUGAAGAAAUAGGCAUGCUUGGGGAAGUCACCCACUUACAGACGAUUCUAGAAGAUCUUGGCAACCUGACGACUGAUCCCAACAUACUGCCCCCUGCUAGUGAACAGGUUAUCCUUGAUCUUAAAGGCUCGGACUACAGUUACUCGUAUCAGACUCCACCCGCGUCUCCCAGCAAUACGCUGUCACGUAAAAGCAGCAUCAGCAGUAACUACGCCUCUGUGCGUCAUGUUCCCUCUCUGGACUCCAUCUCCAGUGCAGUGGAUGGGCUUCACCUCCGAGCACCAGACGCAACACAGGAGAAAAGCAGUGUUAAUAGUCAGCCUUGGCAAGGUCAGAUCACUCCUGGCACAGAGAAUGGGACCUCCAUGCCCCCACCACUCAAACCUUACAAUGGGCUUGAGGAGAGAGCCAGGACCCUGUCCACAUCGGGCAAGCCACAGACAGCCAGGGGGCAACUGGCUCUUACUCUUGGAGGCGGGCUUAAUUCAGAUGCUCCUCGAACCAGUCGAGAUUCCCUCCACUGCUCUAGUGGAUACAGCACACAGACGACUACACCAUCCUGCUCAGAAGACACCAUACCUUCACAGCAUGCGGUAAAGAAAGAACCUCCUCUAUAUGAUUAUGACUACAUCUCCCUGCACGGUGGAGAGGACGGCCACAGUCAGUCUGAUUUUGAUAAAUCUUCCACGAUUCCGCGCAACAGCGACUUGAGUCUCAAUUACCGCAAAAUGUUUCAAAGCAAGCGUCCGGCAUCCACCGUUAGUCUGUUGAUGGAUCCGGAGCCUCUAGGGCCCCACACAGCCACUAUUCGCCGUAAACCCUCCAGCAAACCCAACAUCCGUCGUGGAACCAUCAGUGGAGGAGUGCCCAUACCCAUCUCAACACCGCAGGUGCCCCUGAAGGCGUCCGUUUCUACCGCCGGUCUGAGCGGCAGUGAGGAGACUGUUUGCCUGUCUGGGGUAACACAGAGUAACAGGGUACCUGGCACAGAUCUGGCUCACACCAGACAUAAUCUCUGUACGUCCACCCAGAGUCUGAGUUCCAUGCCACCUCCAUAUUAUUCCAUGUUCCCUGGGCAGCCACUGGUAGGCAGCACAGAGCAGCUGUAUCAAAUGAGCAAGCAACAACAGUAUGCACUGCACCAACAGCAACAGAGGCAAUAUCAACAUCAGCUGCAGCACCAGUAUAGUCAACAACAGAAUCAUUUACAGCCGCAACAAUACAAUCAACAGCAGCAAUAUAAUCAGCAACAGUUUAAUCAACAGCAGGAGCAGCAGUAUCAACAACUGGUUCAUCAAAAAGACCGACAGCAGAAAUUCAAACAACCGCAUGUAACACAUCAAUGUCAACAGCAACAACAUCAGAAUCGACAGCAGAAUCAGAAUACUGCAACUCACAAUUCCAGCAUGCCACUUCCAAGUGCUUCGCCUAAUUCCGACCAGCCUGGCUUGGAUCAUUCCAAUGACGUUCCUGAUUCUAGCAGUGGAGGUGACAUGUUAAGCAUGAUCCGUAGAGGAGUCAAACUACGUCAGACUGUUACCAACGACCGUUCGGCACCUUUCAUCACCCCGAACCAUCUCAACUGAUUUUUGUCUUCACUUUUUCGUAUUCUUCGAAUUGUUCUGUGGCUUUUUAUGUCAUUUCCCUUUUCCGAAUAUUUUUUCAUUUAACGACUUUUUUUCAAGCCUUUUAUUGUUGGGGUUUGCGCAUCUUUUUCUUUAGCGAUUGACUAAUGUACGACAGUUUUGACUUUACACUGUGCGUGAACAAACUCUUUCAACCCACAACGUUAUUGUUGCAGCGAAUGUUGCCUCUCAAUAAAUUAAAAGUUAAUUCCGCAGGCUGUGUGCUUCACGCUAUAUAUACAGAUAUAUUUAUGUGUAUUUAGAUAUAUAGAUCGAGCAUUAAAGCUUAAGAUAUAUUGAUGUUAUUUGUUUUAUUUGCGGAAGAAAACAGCACUCAGCCUUUAUUAAUUGUGGUUAGAGAUCAAAUACUUCUGUAUAUAUUUGCGAAACGAUUGAAAGACUGUUGUAUUAUUUUAGUUUUCCGUUUGUUUUUUAAAUUAGUUAAAGCAGCACUAGACGUCUAUUUUUGUACAGUUUAGGGUAACAGAAAACUGCACCACUGCCUUUAAUCCGCCCAAUUACUGGACAUGCAAUGCAGCUGCAAUGAAUGCAGCCAAUGAGAGGAAAGGAGGGAAGGAAGAAGAGGUGUAAUUGGGUGGAUUAAUGAAGGACUAGAAUAGUGGAUCAUAUUUGUGUUGCGUAUAAUGACUGUGAGAGCUUACGAGGUAUCACUGUGGUUAUUUAUUCAACCUAUUUGAUUCUGAAUCAUUUUAAAUUGUUUGUUUACCAAAGCUUUGAUGCUGUAGCCUCAUAGAUGCGUAUAAACCUGCUCUCCUGGAUGAUUCAGUAGAAAGACUUGAUUCAUAUCAUUUGUACUUGUUUUGAACAUUUGCAUUUUUUUUUUUCCACACCAGGGAAAUCUUUUGAUUUUAAAACAUUUGCAAAAAUGACAAAAUGUCUCUUGUUGUUGAAGUAUACAGGCCUAGACAUUCUUAAAAGCUUCUUUUUUUUUUUUAACCAGAUAAGAACAUUCAUUCUUAACUGGGUUUUCUGUUGCAGGUCACAAUGUUUGUUAAAGAGGAAUAUUGUAUCAAAGUCAAAGUGCCCCGUUCCUCAAGUAUGCAAGUACAAAGAUUUAUUUAAUGAAAAUAGAAAGCAAUAGAAUAUUGACCUACUUAAAGCAAUGAAUAGUUUUAACCUUAAACCCCAAUGUGAAGCUAACAUUAUCCAUACAUGGUGAAUUUAAACAGCAUUUUAAAGAGAGAUCUCAGAGGAUGUUUGGAGUGUAUGUUCAGAAUUGAAGUAGCAGUUCUGUUCUUUAUCAGUGUAUUUUUUUUGUUUUUUGUUUUUGUGUGUGUUAUUUUACCUUUGCAUAAGAUCGUGCCUAGUUAGGCCUUUACUGAAAUAUCUCCAGGCAUUUGAUGAAUGUUAGGUGAAAGCAAACGGUAAGCCUAGUUCAGAUGCGUACCCCAUUUUUAGGUUAAGCCUUUUUUAACUGAUUUUUCUAAAUACAUUUCCUUUAGAGUUUGCUCUGUGUGUGGAUUACCCCAAAUUUUAUUGGUUUGUUGUGAUGCACUUGUACUUAUUGUAGUUUUGCUAUGCUGCCCUCUUGUUUUCGUACAGGAAAGCCAACGCUGGACGUUUGUUUUCAAGCUUAAAAGUGCAUCACCAAUGCUACGGUUUUUAUUGCCUUUUAACAUUUUUAUUAUCAAGUUUAUUACAUCAAGCAUCAUUUUUGUUACAUCUCAAGAUUAGAUUGUUCACAACAUGUGAAUUCUGAAAGGGAUAGUUCACCCAAAAUUUUCAGUUCUGCCAUCAUUUACUCACCCUCAUGUUGUUUCCAGCCUGUACGAUUUUUGUCUUCUGUGGAACACAAAUGGAGAUGUUAGUCAGAAUGUUAGUCUCAGUCACCAUUCACUCACUUAUGUUGCAUCUUUUUUUUUUUUUUUUUUUUUUUUUCAUGCAACACUGUAAAAUCUAAUUAGUUGACCUUACUUAGAUUUUUAGGCAAGCUGCUUGCAUGCUUUUUCUAAGAAAACACUUAUUUGGCUCAAGAAAACUGAACUUGAUUUUUUAAGUAAACUAAACUAGUUACAAGUAAACAAAACUUAUCUGUGAUUAAAGUAUCACUGUUUUUAUUAAAUUAUUUAAAUUGACUUAUAGCAUGUCUUAUACAGUGUACAGGAAAUUAUGGCAGGAAUCUCGGUUAGCCAUAUGGCACAUUGGAUUCUACUCAGUACUAAUUAGUGCACAUAAAUCUGCACUUUUGUAAAGUACAGUUGCGUAGAGACGAAUGACUUAAAUUUAACAGGCUCCAAGUUCAACAGAGGUAACACUAGUCACCAUAAUGGUGACUUCACACAAAUCACAACUAUCAACUAGCUACAACAAAAACAACAAUAGUCAUAAGAAUUAAAAUUAUUUACAUAUAUAUACACAUUUGACAUAAGUUCCCUUGUUUUGACCAAACAUACAUCAUUUAUUCAAACGCAAGGGCUUAUGGGCAUUCCACACAGCCGCAAUUUUGAGUUAGUUAGUAGUGCUCAAAGCCAGUUUAAAGAACGUACACUGGCGGUCAAAAGUUUGGAAUAAUGUACAGAUUUUGCUGUUUCAGAAGGAAAUCGGUACUUUAAUUCAUCAAAGUGGCAUUCAGCUGAUCACAAAGUAUAGUCAGGACAUUACUGAUGUAAACAACAGCACCAUCACUAUUUGAAAAAAGUAAUUUUUGAUCAAAUCUAGACAGCAGCCAUCACUCCAACACCUUAUCCUUGAGUAAUCAUGCUAAAUUGAUCAUUUGGUACUAGAAAAUCACUUGCCAUUAUAUCAAACACAGCUGAAAGCUAUUUGGUUCGUUAAAUGAAGCUUAACAUUGUCUUUGUGUUUGUUUUUGAGUUGCCACAGUAUGCAAUAGACUGGCAUGUCUUAAGGUCAAAAAUGGCAAAAAAGAAACAGCUUUCUCUAGAAACUCAUCAGUCAAUCAUUGUUUUGAGGAAUGAAGGCUAUACAAUGCUUAAAUUGCCAAAAACAAAAAUGAAGAUUUCAUUCAAAAAUGUACAGUCUUCAAAGACAAAGGACAACUGGCUCUAACAAGGACAGAAAGAGAUGUGGAAGGCCAAAUGUACAACUAAACAAGAGGAUAAGUACAUCAGAGUCUCUAGUUUGAGAAAUAGACGCCUCACAUGUCCUCAGCUGACAGCUUCAUUGAAUUCUACCUGCUCAACACCAGUUUCAUGUACAACAGUAAAGAGAAGACUCAGGGGUGCAGGCCUUAUGGGAAGAAUUGCAAAGAAAAAGCCACUUUUGAAACAGAAAAACAAAAAGGAAAGGUUAGAGUGGGCAAAGACAGACAUUGGACAACAGAUAAUUGGAAAAGAGUGUUAUGGAUCUUAACCCCACUGAGCUUUUGUGGGAUCAGCUAGACUGUAAGGUGUGUGAGAAGUGCCCGACAAGACAGACACAUCUAUGGCAAGUGCUACAGGAAGCGUGGGGUGAAAUGUCACCUGAGUAUCUGGACAAACUGACAGCUAGAAUGCCAAGGAUCUGCAAAGCUGUCAUUGCUGCACAUAGAGGAUUUUUUGAUGAGAACUCUUUGAAGUAGUUUAAGAAGUUCUGAAAAAAAAAAAAAAAAAAUCAAAUUGUAAUAGUAAUGUUUUCACAUUAUUAAUGUCCUGACUAUACAUUGUGAUCAGUUGAAUGCCACUUUAUUGAAUAAAGUACCUAUUUCUUUCCAUAAGAGCAAAAUCUGUAUAUUAUUUAAAACUUUUGGCCACCAGUGUACAUGUUUGAGUUAUGAUUCCAAAAUGUGACAUUUCAAGUACUGUUUAAUUACGACCACUUAAAUGUUUUAAUUAAUGACAACUUUAGGGUUUAGAGAGUAACUGUAACUUAAUUAAAACUAGUAAGAAUAGUAAAAAAUUAAGCUUAAGUUGAGUCAACUAUUUUUAUUUUAUUUUUUUAGAUUACUGUUGGUAAAAUGGUGACUGAGGCUAUAAUUCUGCCCAAAAUCUCAUUUUGUGUCCCAACAAAGAAAAGAAAGUCAUAUGAGAUUCGAACAACAUGAUGGUGAGUGAUUUUUAUUUUAUUUUUAUUGUGAAGGAAUGCAAAACAGAUCUCCGAAAAUAAAAUCCCUCCAUGUCCCCCUGUCCUUUAAGGGGCUCCGUACCAAUUACAGUAGGGCGCCAGAACUACUAGUUAUACAACAUUGAAUAUGACAAGACAGAUCUCACCAUGAUGCUAUUCAGAAAUCUCCCUUGAAGUUUGAUGUGUUUGUGAGUGAAAUGCACCUCUGCAGUCCAACAGCACUUCUCAGUAGACGUCUGUAUUCUUUUUGUGUCAUCUAUUAUUUCCGUCACACACACGUGCUGGCAGGUGUUCUUAUGUUUUCUCAGCCUAUCUGUGGCUAUUAAGACUCCACAACUUCACAUGCUACAAAAGGUGUUUUUUCCCCUUCAUAUCUUACCUCAUUCUCCUUUUACCCCUCGCCACUUUUUUUUUUUUUUUUUUUUUUAUCCUUUUUCAUCCUACUCUUCAUCUAGGGGCCCACACCUGUCUGGCAGGUGUAGGAUUUCUCACCCCUUCUCCAUCUGUAUUGUCCUCCAUCUCUGCAGUGAUUUAGACUCUUCCAAAGAAGUUCAGCUCUGACACAAUGCUCUUCAGGCCUUUUACUGUAAGAUUAGCUUGCAGCUGCUGUAUGACAAAUGUAUGAGUGUAAAAGAAUAUAAUUUUACCCUGAAAGGUGAGAUGACCAUGGUGUUAUUCCACUCUAAAUGUGCAUUGUUGUUAGUGGCGGCCAGAGCAGUAAUGUCUGUGGUUUUGAAUUUGUGUAAAGGAGACUUUCACUUGUUUUCCUGAGAUAAAAGUUGGUUUAAACCUGGUGAGUGUUGCCAGCUAUGGUACUGGGAUUUGUCCUUGUAAGUGCUGGUCUGAGUCCAGGUUUUUAUCAUUUUAAUGAUACAAACCUACAAUAUUUUUCCUACAGUUGCAGUUCACAGGACAGUUUAGUUAAAUUCCAUUUCGGUAAGUUAAAUUCAUAAAGUGUGAUGAGACGGUCUUGAUUAUUUGAGAUUUAUGCUAUAGUGCUAAGAGUCAAGACAUCACAAGAGUGUGUGUGUGUGUGUGUGGACUCUGAGCUGAGAGUGUUUGACCCCUGCUGUGUGUGUGUGUGUGUGUUAGAGAGUUGAUCUCUCGAUGUUUAGAUAUCUUUCUCUGUGUGAUGCUGUUUCUCAUGUCUGUAGUCAAUGCUGAAGCCUCAGACAAAAUGGAAUGUGGGUUUAAAAUAUACCAAUGUUCAAAAAGAAACGAUCAGAGUCCUUGUUUUGAUUUGCUUUAUUUUAUUCAUUGAACAAGUCAUUUUAAUCCAUGCUGAAGCAUACAGUUCAUUCAGUAGUUGAGUUGUGUUAAAUCUGCUAUUUAUAUAAUUCCAGUGCUUACAAGGCAGCACUGUGUUGAUAUUCCUUUUCUUUGUAUUCUUCAUAAUUUUCUGCUACUAAUAUAGCUUGAACUAUUUAAUGUACAAAUUCCAUUCCAAUUAGUGCUAUUUAUUUUGUUUUUUGUAAACUAUACUUUUUUAGAAACGUUGACUUGAAUGGUUGCCAAUCAGUCCCUAACCAUUAAGAAUGAUGUGAUUAAAAAAAUGUGCAUACUUAAUUGCAAUUAGUUUUCUAACGUCUAUUUAAACAUCUAUAGUGUUUACAGUUACACUGCAAAGAUAUUGUGUUGUAUUAAUUCUCGUACACAAGCCGACAGACAUCAGCAGUGUUCUGAGCUUUAUGACAACAAAGUUGCAUCAUUUCAUUGGCACACAACCAAAGCCUAAAACCUAAAUGUACGUCAAAUUUGAACACCAUUUUUUUCUUUCCUUGCAAUCACUGGCAUUUGCUAUAGGAAAUACAAAUCUAGUGAAAAGACUCCAUUAAAUUGCUUGAUGAGUGCGUUGUUAUUUCCUGUGUUGAUUUCUUUCCUUAUUGAAACAGGAAGUUGGUAUAUGAAGUAGGCCUAAGCCAUUCUUUUCCAUACAGUCGUGCAACUGGUACCUGAACUAAAGUAAAUUUGUUGAACUACCCGUUCCGAUAAAAUUCUGUAAUGUUUUUACACUUAGGACAUGGAAGCAAGAACUUUAUUUAAAUUAGCUCUGACGUACACUUUAAAAACGAUUUUGUGGUGAAGUAAAUAUAGCAGAAAAGAUUUAAGUACUUUUACACUGAAUAAGUUAGUUUAAGCGUGAACUGGAAAAUAUUAAGUAAAUUCUGCAUUCAAAUGUAAAAAUGUAUGCUUACGUUUAUAUUAUUUAUGAUUGUUAUCUUUACAAUGCGUCAUGGAUCAAUUCUAAAGUAGAAAACAAUGUCAUAUUUAUUUGCUAAUUUGAGUAAAUUUCAUUAGUAAAUAAAAUAAGUACAUUUUACUUACA